UACGGGAGGUUCGACUGUAGUUUAAUUUAUUCCACUCGUUAAGAAUUUGCUGGCUUUCGAAAACAAAACAAAAAAACUCGACCGUAUGGAAACGAGACUGACUGUUCAAUCGUUAGUCGGAAAUAAAACAGUUUCUUUGGCUUUCCUGAUUUAACAGACGAUUCGAUUUUGUCUCUCCGUCACUGAGCGACUGACGGUGAUUGCUGCCUUCCUUGUGAAAACUAAAUGGAUCUCAUUCUUUAUAUUAAAGAUUUAACAACUGCGCACACUCCAUUAGAUCUCACAGGUAUAUGUUCUUGGCUUUGAUUUCUAUAAUAACUCUGAUCACUGCUCAGUUAAAAAUAACCAGGUUACAGCACUGAGGGUCUUGGCACGGCCGCGAUGAGGUUGGACAACCUAGUAGUUCUAAUUUUCCUCGGUGUAGUGAUAGCGGCAUUACCCGCAAAGAAGGAAGAGAAAAAGCCCGAACCACGUGACAGCAAUCGCUCACUUCUCACAGAGCUUCAACAGGCCGAGGCCUCUGGUGCGGAACCUGGGAAAGAGACAGAGUCGACAUCCGCCGUGUUGCUAGAGAAAGUCCCGAAAUUUAAAACGAAAGUGGAAGAAAUAAAGUGGAAAUUGAACAAGGCGCGAAAGAAGCUGAAAAUUGCUAAGCAAUAUGUCGCGCUGGCUGAUAAGGUUGCCAAGCUGAGAAAGAAAGCACGAACUGGUAGUAAUAACGUCAAAGAUGUUAUACGGAAAGCAGAAGUCGCCUUGGUACAUGCUGGUGAACACAUGGGGCUCGAUUACGUACAUUUUAAGAAGUAAAUUGGCGAAGUUUUCCCCAAUUGCAAGAGAAAAAAACUAAGUCAGGAGAAGAUUACUAGGAGACAAUCGUCAAUGAAACGCUUCAAAAUCUAUUUUUACAUUACGUUAAUGUGGACUGUUAUAACAUGACGUUCAAAGUUAUAUUAAACAUGAUUGCAUGGUUAUUGUUAAUCUUCCGGCACAGGCUGAUAUGUCAGUUGACUUCCUUUUCCCCACAAUAAUCAUUCAAAGUGGGUGGAGAAACAUAGAAGCAGACAACUCCGUAACAUUUCGGGCUAAACUAUAUAUCUUUUUCAGUUAACCUACUCUCAGUUUUAAAGACGGUUUACUGGAGCAGAGACCUGUGGAGAGAAAUAGAUAUCUUGUGUUUAGGAAUGUUACUUUUUACUGUCACUGACCCCAUUACUACGACUACUAGCUUCAACAGUUAACUAGGAAGGGGCUCCGAGAAUAACUCUCCUCAUCUGAAAGCGAAUGUGGAAAUGGUAAUUAUUCACUUAAAUUGCAUGCGUCUUAGCGUCACGUUCAACGUUUAACGUUACAGUGGGCAGCUCCUGUUGAAAAAAUUCCUCCCCCCCUCCCAUGAAGGUGAAUUUGUAAAAAUAACCCAUUAUAACAAGUUACAUUUGCAAUGUCUCCAAUCCCAUUAUUAGCACUCGUAAUAUCAAGUUUAA